CACGGCCAGGAGCUCAUAAGAAAGGGCAAACCGAAACCAAGGAAGGAUUCUACGAAGCUGUUUUGAACGAGCACGACCGUGUCUAAGGCGCAUAGAUGUGCAUGUAGGCUGCAACCGAUACGACCGAACAGGAACAUUUAAAACAACCGCUCCGGAUUUAUAUACAGAAAUUUAUUCAAGACCUGAAAUUAUAUAACAAGAGGACAGCCUACAUGCUGCAUUCAGGGAGUCAUUGACAAAUACACAGGCAUUCCGUGCACAGCCGUAUGAAUGAAUAUCAGUACAGUCUUAUGUAUAAUAUUCACUCAAGGAUUCGUGCUGUGUCGAUUGUAGACCCCAGCACAUACCGAGCCGAGGGGAACAGAAUUCGUCCAGCUUAGAAAGACUUCGAAACAGAUUUUUUAUGACUGGUGACGCCGCGAUUACCUCAGUGCCUAAAUCCUCACGGUAAGGUGCAUAUCUUUCCUUUGGAUACUCGCUGGUCUGCGAAGGAUAGAAACACAUUUUUCUUUAACUUCAAGUCCGGGUUUCCCCCACUAAUGCUCGAUAAAUUUAAACCCGUUCAUUUCGAUUCGGUAAUGGCAAUCAGCAAGACCGUGGAAUGGCUGAAGGAGCAGCUCGAGACGCGCAGGGACUGCCUGCUUCUGAUGGACUGCCGAACCCAGGAGCUGUACGAGUCGUCGCACGUCGAGACUGCGAUAAACGUGGCCAUCCCCAGCCUCAUGCUCCGGCGGCUAAAGAAGGGUAACCUACCGAUGAAGUCCCUCCUGGCGAACGGAGAGGACCGGGAGAAAUUCGCGCGGAGGUGCAAGACGGAUACCAUCGUGCUCUACGACGAAUACAGCCGAGAUUGGAACGAAAAUGUCGACGGGGGCUCGGUCCUAGGACUGCUGCUUCGGAGAAUGAAAGACGAAGGAUACAAGGCUUUUUACUUAGAAGGCGGCUUCAGCAAAUUUCAAGCCGAGUUCCCUGCCUUGUGCGACACGAAUUUGGACAGCUCGUCCGGCAGCAGCUCUCCGAGUGCCCACGUUCUAGGGCUAGGCGGCCUGCGGAUCAGCUCCGAUUCCUCCGACAUCGAGUCGGACAUCGACCGCGACCCCAACAGCGCCACCGACUCGGACGGAAGUCCCCUGUCGAACCCACAGCCCUCUUUCCCCGUGGAGAUCCUGCCUCACCUCUACCUGGGGUGCGCCAAGGAUUCCACCAAUCUGGACAUUUUGGAAGAGUACGGGAUCAAGUACAUCCUGAACGUGACGCCCAACCUCCCUAAUUUGUUUGAGAACGCCGGGGAGUUCAAGUACAAACAGAUCCCCAUCUCGGAUCACUGGAGCCAGAAUCUCUCACAGUUCUUCCCAGAGGCUAUCAGCUUCAUCGACGAGGCUCGCAGCCAGGAGUGCGGGGUGCUGGUGCACUGCCUGGCGGGAAUCAGCCGCUCCGUCACGGUGACCGUGGCCUACCUCAUGCAGAAGCUCAACCUCUCCAUGAACGACGCCUACGACAUCGUCAAGACCAAGAAGUCCAACAUCUCGCCCAACUUCAACUUCAUGGGCCAGCUGCUGGACUUCGAGCGCACCCUGGGCCUGGCGAGCCCCUGCGACAACCGCGUCCCGGCGGCCUCCCCCCAGGCCCCCCUCUACUUCACCACGCCCACCAACCACAACGUCUUUCAGCUGGACCCCCUGGAGUCCACGUGAGGGCCCCGUCCCGCUCCCCCCGGGGAAGGGCCGCCGCUCCUGAGAGACGUUCGCUCUCGUUUUCCUUUUUCCCGCUCGACCUGUCGAGAGGUCUCUGCGCGGUCGCCGCAGGUCAGCCUGAGUCAACAGGAAGGUCGCUGUAGUCCAGAGACGUUCGCUCUGCUUUCUUUGUUUCCCCCCCCUCGACCUGUCGAGAGGUCUAGCAGUCAGCCCUAGUCGACAAGAAGGCCGCCGCUCUGGAGAGACGUUCGCUCUCGUUUCCUUUUUCCGCCCGGCCUGUCGAGAGGUCUCGGUCGUCGCAGUCGACAGGGAGACCCAUCCUACUGGACGGACGUUCGCUCUAGUUUCUUUGUUUCCCCCUCGACCCGUGGAGAGGUCUCGGCGAGGUAGCUGAGGUCAGACCGGCCGCUGAGAGACUCGCUCGCGGGGGAGAGGGGAGGAGCGGAGCUUGUCCGCCUCCGUCCUGCUCUCGGACUGGGACUGGCGGAGUCAACCCGCCCAAAGCUGGCGUACGAGGCGGACCGAUGCAUGCACACAACAAGACUGGGAUGCCAAAGAGACAGUUGGUCAAAUACGGACAUGUUAUUAUUACGAACGUUGUUAUUAUUGUCAUUGUAACGGUUAUUACUCGCAAGCACUUGCACCCGCAGUCCUUUUGCUCAGCUUGGGUGUAAAUCUGUUGUCUUCAGUGAAGACGUCCCGGUUUUGGGGUGCAGCACCCCAGGUUUCGAGGGUACAGUGUUGGGCAAGCCACGUCAUUUAAGUGGAGUCGGAGAAACGUUUAUAUUUGUGUAUAUACCUGCUGUGAGACCUAAGAGGACCUCACGAAGACCAUGCCCUUUGCAGACGAGUAGUUCGUUUUUAUUUCCCUCUCUUCAAUUUUAUGCGAAUCUACGUAUUGAAUAUCGAUAUAUCGUUUUUUUUUUCAUAAGCCAAAAAAAUCUAUAGGUUUUUAAGAUUCUAAAUGUGCAUACAUGUAAUAUAUUCUGAUGUUUUGUUUACGUAUGGGUUAAAUUGAUAUGCUUUUCGCUUUUGAUCGCCGCCCACCCCCUCCCAACCACACACAAACAGGUGAAUCUGUCAGACUUGUUUUCUUUGCUUUCGUACAUAGAAGCAUUACUGCUACAACUGAAGCAAACUUUCACAAUUGAAGAACAUCCCCCCCUAACCCCCAAAUUUCCCAGUCCAUCACAAAAAAGUCACCUGCAAAACCGUCCCCAAAGCACUGCUGCAUUGGAAACUAAAUACACACGUACACACAUGUAUAUAUUUUAAUUGAGUUUGUAUUCGUUGGUGUUGCAGGCUGGGGUCAGAGAGUGCAUGCAGAUGUAUCAGACAUGCAGCGUUUGGCAGGGAGCGCCGUGUUGCGUUUGGGGGGUUGGGGGAGGGGUUCCAGCGAUACGUAAUUUCCCCCCACGUGUACAGCACGUCGAGGGGAACACCUCUGCUUGCAUUUCGGGGUCAGACUCGUCCUAACCGUCAUGAGUACAGAGAGGAACCAACUCUCUCUCUUCAGGGAUAACUGUAGAAAAUCACACUUUGAUGUCACGGUUGUUGGAGGUGCUGUCAUGGCAACCACGAGGGCAGCUCACAGCUGUGUGUGUG